UGACUCCGGGUGCGACGUAGAACAAGGAGGAUGUGGAGACGUGGGCUGUGUCAGGGGGCAGAAGCCAGGGAGUCUGUGUUGAAAAUGGGGGAUUGUCUAUGUGUGUGAGUAACCACACUAGGUGUGUGUGUGGGUUACAUGUGCAUGGGGAGGGGCAGUAAAAGGGAAAGACGUGACAGCCCUGGAGUGAAAGUCAGGGUUAGGUUUGCCAACUUUCCUGACCAAACCGAACAAUUGUCAUUCUCUCUUCACUGCAAGUUGGCAUCUGGUCUGCCAAAUAAGGCAGUACAGAGCAGUAGUAGCCGAUUGAGGAGAAUCUUUGUGAAAGUGCGGGACUAUAUUGAAGAAACCAUGGAUGCUCAACAGGAUUUCCUUAGCAGACCGACUUGCAAUGGAAUUGCUGUUCCUGAUAAGAAAAUCAACUCCUUAGUAGCUGAAGAUCAUGGUCAGCAAAUUCUAAAUGUGCUGCAAAGUUUCAGAGAACAGAAUAUAUUUUUUGAUUUUAAAAUACUUGUGAAAGAUGAAAUAAUCCCCUGUCAUCGUUGUGUACUAGCAGCAUGCAGUGACUUUUUCAGAGCCAUGUUUGAGGUUAACAUGAAAGAAAGAGAUGAUGGGAAUGUUACUAUAAGUAAUUUAUCACCUAAGGCAGUGAAGGCUUUUCUCGAUUAUGCCUACACGGGGAAAACUGAGAUAACAAAUGCUAAUGUGGAAAUGUUUUUCCAGUUGUCAUCAUUUCUUCAAAUUUCACACCUUUCCAAAGCUUGCAGUGACUUUCUAAUAGAAAGUGUUGAUCUUGGGAAUUGUCUACAGUUGUUGUCUUUAUCAGAAAGUUAUGGUUCUGUUCAUUUGUUUGAUCGUGCACUGGAAUUUGCACAGCACCACUUUUCCUUGCUACUGAAAUCAAGUGAUUUCUUGGAGAUGAAUUUUGAGAUAUUACAAAAAUGUAUUGAAGCAGAUGAACUCUGUGUCCCCGAAGAAGAAUCUGUGUUGAAAGUUGUCCUACAGUGGACCAAACAUAAUUUAGAAACAAGACAGAAGCAUCUCCGUCACUUGAUUAAAAAAGUAAGAUUACAUCAGUUACCUGAAAAGACAGUGCAGAACUUGUUGCAUUCUGAAGAAUAUUUGCUUAAGAGCACUGACUGCAUAGGAAUAAUCAAUGAUGCAAUUACAAGUGUACAAAACUCCAGUGGGCUGUUUCCAGAUGCUCGUCCUUCAACAACAGAAAAAUAUAUAUUUGUUCACAAAACUGAAGAAAAUGGAGAAAACACACACACAUUUUGCUAUAAUAUCAAAACUGAUAAAUGGAGAGAACUGCCUUACACACACAUCAUUGAUCUUCCAGGAUCAAGUUUAUCUAGUUAUGGAGAGAAAAUAUUUAUAACUGGUGGGUGCAAAGGGAACUGUUGUAGGACUGUUAGACUUCAUAUUGUUGAAUCCUUUCAUGAUGCCACUGACCAGACUUGGUGCUACUGCCCAGUUAGCAAUGAUUUCUCCAUAGUGCCAGCUAUGAAAAAACCAAGGACUAUGCAUACAUCUGUCAUGACUCUAAAUCAGUUAUUUAUAAUAGGUGGAAAAACUAAGGGAGCUCAAGACAUCAGAAGUCUUUUGGAUGUGGAAUCUUACAGUCCUCUCUCCAAAGAAUGGAAAUCUGUAAGCCCGUUACCAAGAGGCAUAUAUUACCCAGAAGCAAGUGCAUGUCAAAAUAUAAUUUAUGUCCUUGGUGCUGAAGUAGAGAUUACCGAUGCCUUUAAUCCAUCCCUGGAUUGUUUCUUUAAGUAUAAUGCUACGACUGAUCAGUGGUCUGAGCUUGUAGCAGAGUUUGGGCAGUUUUUUCAUGCAACUUUAAUCAAAGCUGUUCCAGUGAACUGCACAUUGUAUAUAUGUGACCUUUCCACCUACAAGGUUUAUAGUUUUUGUCCAGAAACUUGUGUUUGGAAAGGGGAAGGAUCUUUUGAAUGUGCUGGCUUUAAUGCAGGAGCAGUUGGAAUAGAAGAUAAAAUUUACAUACUAGGUGGUGAUUAUGCUCCAGAUGAAAUUACAGAUGAAGUGCAAGUCUACCAUAGCAACAGGUCUGAGUGGGAAGAAGUUGCACCAAUGCCAAGAGCCUUAACUGAGUUUUACUGUCAGGUGAUUCAGUUUAAUAAAUACAGAGACCCAUGGUCAUCAGUAAGGUAGUGUGUUCUGGAGCAUAUGGAAAGCUGAUUUAAAAUAGUCUACUUAAAUGCACAAGUUUUUAAAACAUGGUAUUUUUACUGUUGCUAUAGUUUUCUGUGAAUAGUUUGUAUUAUAUUAUCAAUAGAACAUGUUGAUAACUUACGUUGUAGAAUUGUUUGCUUUUUAAAAGGUCCAUAAAAUUAUUUUAUCAUAUUUAUGGUAAUCAUGUAUACCAACUUUUACAUAGAUUUAUAAGCAAGUUCUCUUCAGAUGUCAUUUGAAUAAUUUGUGGCGCAACAUCAUUUUUUGAAAAGUACAGUAAUAGGGGAUUAAUUUCUGUAAUAUCUAUGCACUGUUACUUGCAUCUUCACGAAUGCCCCGUUAGACAAAUUGCUGAGCAAGAAAAUAGCAUUGAUGUUUUCCCUUCAUAACUAAUCAUGUAGAGAAGUAUGCUGAAUUUUUUUAUUUAACAUUAGUAGAGAAGCGUAGACGUCAUUGUCUGUUUACCCUUGCUGCAUUGACAAUAGCAAGGGCAAAUGGCAAAGAGAACUGCACAUUCACAAGACAUUCUCUCUGGAUAUUUAGUGUGAAGGGAGUAAUGAUUCCAUAGGUUUUAUUUCAUUAUGGUCGGUUUUACCUACUUCUGUACUUGCUGUGUUCAUCCUGAAUUAUCAGACAACCUCUGAGUGACUCCAUCCUGUACGUGAUUGAUGUUUGAUGUGUGGUUCACACAGCAACCUCCUGCACCUGUACAGAUGGUCAUCUUGGUAACAUUGCCAAACACAAGUAGGCCAAAAGAGCAAGAUUCUUGAGAUUGCUCUCAAACCUAGGUCUGCCAUCUGUCAAGUGUAUAGCAUUAAGGCUAUGUUUAUACUUCUGGCCAUGGGUGGCUGGUAUCCUAGGUGGGGGAAAGCAUUGCCUUCCCAAACUGCCAGUCUGACCCCAGAACACCUUACGCUCUGCCCCCAGAACACCUACUAUAGGCAUACUGGAGUGGAGUGUUGCUGUCCCUGGAGCAGCAGUCCUUCCAUGUUCUGGGGCUAGGGAGACUGGAGCCAUGCGUGGUGCUCUCCCUCCCCAUGCUCUGGCCUGGGGAAACUGGGGCUGUGUGCUCCCCUUCUUCCACAUGCUCUAGGGCUGGGAAGAUUGGGGCCACAGUGCCUUCUUCCCUCCCCGUGCUCUGGGGCUGGGGAGGUUGGGCCAUGGCACCCUCCUUUUCCAUGCUCCGGGGCGGGGGUGUGCGUGCACUCAUGCCCCCUCCCUGGGGAGAGGGGUGGCCGCCUCCCCUUCCAAUGCUGGGAGGGAGACACAUGCACCCGAUCCUUCUCCCCUCUCGGUGGUGGGGGCAGGGCCUCAGGAGAAGGGGCGGGACUGGAGGUGGGGCUGGGGGCUUGCCUCCCCAAGCUGUACCUUUACCAACCACUCGUGCUACUGGCUAAAUUAGCAUUGCAGCAGUUGAUACAGCAGGGUUGAUUUAGUGAAUUUGGUGAAGACAGACUAUUAAUGGGAGUAGUGAUAGAAAUGUAGUGGUGUUAGUCUGGUGUAGCUGAAAGAAAAAACAGGACUAUGUAGCACUUUAAA